AUGGAUCGUGCCGCACUGGUUGCGUUGUUUCGUUCGACUGAUGGAGCGAACUGGAGCACGAACAGCAACUGGAACACGGACGCGGGGGUAGCUACUUGGAAGGGUGUCAAAGUUAACCACGCGGGCCGUGUGGUGGGGCUGUUUCUGCCGGACAACGACCUCCACGGACCCAUCCCCGAGGCGCUUGGGGCUCUCAGCGAGCUAAAGAAGCUUUUUGUGCACGACAACAAGGUCACUGGGUCCAUCCCGAGAGAGCUUGGACGUCUCGGCAAGUUGGAAACGCUGUGGCUCAACGGCAACGAAAUUACCGGGACUAUUCCCGAGGCGCUUGGAGGUCUCAGCGAGCUGAAGAACCUUUCCAUGUCCGCCAACAAGCUCACUGGGUCCAUCCCGAGAAAGCUUGGAGGUCUCGGCAAGUUGGAAGAGCUUUAUCUCAACGGCAACCAGCUCUCAGGUUCCAUCCCCGGAGAGCUUGGAGGCCUCGGAAAGGUGCAAAUUCUUCGACUCGACGGCAACCAGCUUUCCGGACCCAUCCCCGAGGCGCUCGGAGCUCUUCGCGAGCUGAAGAACCUUGACAUGUCCGACAACAAGCUCACUGGGUCCAUUCCAGGAGUGCUUGGAGGUCUCGGCGAGUUGAAAAUACUUUUUCUCAACGACAACCAUCUCUCAGGUUCCAUCCCCGGAGAGCUUGGAGGCCUCGGAAAGGUGCACAUUCUUCGACUCGACGGCAAUCAGCUGACCGGGACUAUCCCCGAGGCGCUUGGAGGUCUCAGCGAGCUGAAGAACCUUUCCAUGUCCGCCAACAAGCUCACUGGGUCCAUCCCGAGAAAGCUUGGAGGUCUCGGCAAGUUGGAAGAGCUUUGUCUCUACGGCAACCAGCUCUCAGGUUCCAUUCCCAGAGAGCUUGGAGGCCUCGGAAAGGUGCACAUUCUUCGACUCGACGGCAACCAGCUGACCGGACCCAUCCCCGAGGCGCUCGGAGCUCUUCGCGAGCUGAAGAACCUUGACAUGUCCGACAACAAGCUCACUGGGUCCAUUCCAGGAGUGCUUGGAGGUCUCGGCAAAUUGGAAAGGCUUUGGCUCAACGACAACCAUCUCUCAGGAGGGCCGGCGAAAGACGAGAGUCUUGAUUCGUGGAGGGCAAGACUGCGGCAGCAGGAGCAGGCAGCUGUACGCGAAGACACAAAAGCGGAAAACCCCGCCGUACGCACCAGUUCCUCGACACAGGGCGACAAGCCCGGGAAGCCAGAUGGAGCUACCACUGAACCCAUAUCUGGUUCAUCACGGGAGGCAGAUAUGGACCACAUUACUCAGGCUCAGAUUUCUUCUUUUUCGUCGUUGAGCACGCUAUGUGGAGGGAGUCAAGCAAGCCUGGAGCAGGUUGGACAGCUUGUUGAAGCGCUGGGCAUCAAUCGCUCUUCUCCCGGCACGGGGCUUAACGGGACGGGUACGCUCGGGGAGCUGAACAGGCUGGUGGCAAUGGCCGAAGAUCUAGGCGACAUGGUGUCGAGACACGUGACAAAUGAAGACAUACAACGGCGGGAGCUGGCGUUGCCCCCGGGUCCCAAGGCAUACUACACGGCAAUCCGAACUGGUCUGUGUAACGCCUACCUCGCAGCCAGCGUCGUCUCCAGUAGCUUGGUUUGCACAAGCAAGACCGGUCGCAUGGGUACGGCAGGGAAGACCUUGGAGUUUCUGUCGAGCGCGGUGCCUGUGGUCAGUGGGCUUGCGGGCUUGGCUGCCGCAGCCUUGAAGGCGGGAGACCGCUAUCUGCAAACUCGGCGAGUGUCGAAGAUCUGCGACAUGGCGCCCGACUCGACUGACUGUUGUUUGCUGGCGAGGGCGUUGGCGUUGCAACUCUCGGAUGGGUAUGUGGACGGCACCCUCCCCACGAUUGACACGGCUGAAGAACGUGGCACGCACACCACAGCAGGCAUGGGUGGUGUUGAGGGCGAGUGCGGAUGGAGCCAAGAUAUUGGCGCCUCGCCAGACUCUGCGACCGAGGAAGCCGUCAUGGACUGGUUUGUCGAAGAAGUGGCGGACUACGAGCCGAACAAACUCGAUGCAAGGAAAACGACUGCUGCCGUACAGGCUGGGAGGAAGCUUGGGACAAGGCACCUCCAGACUCUUCUAAAGGCGGUUGGGCGGGAUUGCCUCCGCGGCACAAACACUCCUGACGAGAAGGUGAAAGUUCUUGUCGGGAUUAUACUCCCAGAGGCCGAGCGGAAAGUUGGUUCGACAUCUCACGGCACGCAGGAGCGUACCAAUCACGACGCUAGCUCCGCCCAACCAGCUUCACGGCAGUCGCAUGCUGCAGCCACUCGUCCGGCCGCUCCUGACGGUGCUGCCAAGAAUGAUCUUGACGUGGCAGCGUUGAUGGAGCGCAUGGCUUCCAUGCGCAUUCGGACGGAAGCAACGCACGAAGAGCUUAAAGCCGGCCUGGAAGCUUCUCAUGCGAAACAUGUCGAGCUAGAAUCUGGUCUAGAAGCUGCCAAAGAAGAGAACGCUAGGCUCAGAGACGGUUUGGAAGAGGCAAAUGCAAAAAACGCCAAGCUGGAGUCUGAGAUGAAAAUCCUGAACAAAAAGGUGAUGAAGCCUGGGCCGGACUCGGAUAGCUUGGUAGCGAGCGCUUUGAAGCAGCGGCAAGCUGUCACCGAGACAGCAGUGGAUGACUUUCUCGAGAGGGCUCAAGAGAGAGCACCGGCUGCGGGCAAUGAUGUGGUGACCUUGGGGCAGCUGACAGAGGCCGUGGAACUCCUGAAGGAAGUGCAUAGCAAGUACGAUGAGCUGCAUCGCGAGCAUGAUGCCAAACUGAGCCGUUUUCAGAGGGCAGUUGACAGGAUCACCCGCAAAUGUACGUUAGAAUCUAAUGACCUGGUGCCCCAGAACGAGCUGAGAGAGAUAUUGGCACUCCAUGACGAGCUGCUUCGCGAACGCAGUGCUAUUAACAGAUAG